AUGGGUACCGAUAGUUUUGGAAUUCGUGAAGUACCCCAGAAGAUUAAAUAUAUUAGAUCAGCUUGUUGUCAAGAAUUAAAAAAAAUAAAUAACUCUAAAAAACCUGGAGCAUCUGCAAUUGAUAUUUAUCAGCCUAAGGUGCCGUGGUUUACGAUUGUCCAUUUAAUUUUGAAACGAAAUCCAGAAAUGAAUGAUACCGUAUCUAAUCUUUAUAGUUCACGAUACAUCAAAGCAACUAGAAGACAAAGGCAGUUGUGGGCUAGAUGA